AUUGUUGUUUCAGGAGAGUCAGGGCUGGUGUACAAGGGAUAUCUGAACACUGCAUUAGGGAAGGAAUUGGUUGCUGUCAAAACUGGAAAAGCACUAUUUUCCAGUGGUGAUAUGGAACGACUAGCUAAAGAGGUGGCUACCAUGUUAUCAUUCGAGCACCCCAAUGUCAUGUCUCUUGUGGGAGUGUGUAUUGAGGAGGAGAUACCCCUACUAAUUAUGCCUUUUAUGUCCAAUGGAUGUGUUUUGGAGUUUGUUAAACACCACAGGGAUGAACUGCUUUGCAUUAAUGCAACAGCACCACAGGUUGAGUCUACAUUUUAGUACUAUUUCGUUAGGAUAUGAUACCAACACUCUCAACAGAUCCAAUCGGCCACGAAAAGUCUUUUAAAUAUAUGUCACCAAAUUGCAAAGGGUAUGGAGUAUCUAGCAAUGGAGAAGUUGCAGAUUUUGGACUGACUGAGGACAUGUAUGGCACCAACUACUUCCGUCGGGAGAGGGGAGAGGGUGGGAGUGAGGAGAAGGUGCCCAUCAGGUGGAUGGCUCCUGAGAGCAUCGAGGAAGACAUCUACACUGAGGCCACUGAUGUGUGGUCAUUUGGAGUGACGGUGUGGGAGAUCUUCAUUUGUGGGAGGAUCCCAUACACUGGUAUUCCAGCCAUGGGUGUCCUGAAGGAAUUGCAGAGAGGACAGAGACUGGAGAGACCUGACAAUGAGGCCUGCAGUGUUGAAAUAUACGAGAUUAUGAUGUUGUGUCUGUCGCUGGAACCUCGUGUUCGCCCAAAGUUCAAGAGUUUAGUUGUGAGGUUGAGUGGUCUCUUACAGAGAGACUCUGGCUACCCUCAGCUAUCAGACCACUUCCUCUGCUGGAAACAGAGUCGUCCUCGACAGUUUACAGUGACUUUUGUACCAACUCUGUAG